CAUCAACUCCAAUUUUGGAAUUGGACCCGUGUCUGCCAAGAAUCCGUGUGGUAAAGGACCCGGAUCCACCACCCGACGAAAAGUCCAAGUUAUUCUCCUGUAUCGUGUGCGCGUGCAUCCCUUGUAUUGACCUCGGCUUCGCUCUCCGGCAAUCUCUCUCCGUCCCUCCUCUCAGUCUCUGUUGAAAAGGCAAAGGAGGGCAGUAGUAGACUAGCAGUCGCAGCAGCAGCACUAGGAUAGAGUGUUUUUUUUUUCUCCGGUAGCCCGUCAUAUUGAGACUUUGGCGGGCUGCCCAGCCGGGAGAUGCCCCAUCCUCCUCCUCCUCCUCCUUACCAGUAAUCCGGGUACCCGCCUUCUAUAGUACAUACUAAUAAUCGCAAUAACAAAAAACCCGCUUAUUUUUUGCACCCUCCUCAAAAACUUAGAUGGCCGAUCACGACCAGGAUUGGGAAAUUGGGAUUUCCACCUCCUCCUCUUCUUCAAAAAAGGGCACUGCUGCUUGUCUGCCUCCUCCUGAGGUUAUUAAUGUUGGAGCAGACAGUUAUAUUGAUGUUGAAGAGGAGGAGGAUGCUGAAGAGUACGAUGACGACGUCGAUGAUGACGACACCGGCUCUGAUGAAAAGUUGGGAUUGGCAUGCCCCUUUUGUUCCGAGGAUUUUGACGUCCUAGAAUUAUACUGUCAUGUUGAUGUCGUCCAUCACAAGGAGGCCAGAGCUCAAAUUUGUCCAGUUUGUGUUUCAAAGGUGGAGACGAACAUGGCUGUACAUCUAAUUACUCAGCACGAGACUAUCUUGAAGAUUCUUUGCAAAAAGAAAUUCCGCAAUGGUGGAUCUCAUCCAGCCCUUUCUUCCUUGAAAAAGGAGUUAUGGGAUGAACAUUUGCACUCACCUCCUAAGGGUUCUCGCGUCAGUUCUUCUUCUGCUGUAGAAUCUGAUUCUCUCCUUUUACCGUUUCUCUACAAUCCUCAACCUGAAAUAGUUAUACCUCUGAUUGAAGGAAGCUCAUUAGGGAGCGAUUCACCUGAUAGUAACUUAGAAAGCAGCGGAAAUGUCAACUUGUCUGCUCUUCCUGACAAGGAUGAAGAGAAGGCUCAGAGAUGUGAAUUUAUACGUGGCUUAUUGGUUUCCACCAUUUUGGGCGACCAACUCUGAGCAGGAGAAUUGGAUGUCUGGUUGUCAUUUCUCGAGUGUUAACCUAGAAGCCUGUGACUGAAGCUGCAUCUUUUUGACGUCAUGAUGGAUAUAACAAAAAGUAUUAGGCUUGAAUUAGGAAGCUGCUGAUGCAUGUCAUAAGUCAAACACCAUCUGUUUGAGCUAUGGCUAGCUGGCCUUGCCUUUCUCUUCUUUAGAUAGCGCUGUUGUUGAGCAACAGUGAAGAGUCCUAGGUGCUGUUACACUUUAGUCGAGUUGUGAGCGGUCAUUUAUGUAAUAUGAGCAGCUUGGAUGAUCAAAUUCUUUUAGUUCAAGGUGUCCCUAGUAGCACAUUGUUGUCCGUCCUUGUAGUUAGCUGAUACUUAUGAAUGUAAAUUCAUCUGUCUACAUGGAAUUCCCAGAAAGCAGGCUUAUAUCUUUACUGUCAGAUUCACUUAUCUAUAACACUAUAUUCUUCA